AUGAUUGGAUUGCUUUUCCUCUUAUCAUCUGUUCGUUGCGAUGAAGUGAAUGACGACGACAGCUUCUGGAAUGAAUUAUCUGAUGACCAAAUCGUUGUCGAAGAUAAAGUUCCAGGAAAAUUGUAUGAUAAAGCAAGAUUUAACUUGCCUAUUGCAAGAAGACUCGAUAGCUUAUUCCCAGAAACAGCUAAGGCAGUCAGAGAUCUUCAAGAUGUAGUAAAUAUCGAAUUUGUCUACGAAGAAAAAUUCCCAAUUUUAUACUUCCUCGAUUCACAAGAUGUAAUCAUUGAAAAGAUAGAACUUGCUAAGAAAUCAAGAGAUGAAAUUAAAUCAAUUCUCGUUUCAAGAAACUUUGAUCUCAAUCUCAAGAAACCUCCGGAGACAUCAGCACCAAAACCAGUUGAAGAAACAAAUUCAACAAACGAAACAUCUACUCCAGAGCCACAAGCUGAAGAGGCCGGAAAAACUCAGGAAAUCUAA